AUGCCACCACGCAGCCGCAGGCGAGGCCGCUGUGCAAUGCAGCAGGAGAAGCACCAGCUGCUGCAGCUGCAGCAGCAGCAGUUGCAGCAGCAACAGCUGCUGCAGCAGCAGCAGCUGCUGCUGCUGCAGCACCAGCAACAGCAGCAUUCCCGCCAGGUGCUGCAGCCUCAUCCCUUAGAGGAUAUCCUUCUCUGUCAAGACACACAGCAGCAGCAGCAGCAGCAAAACAUGGACAGCAUGCAGCAGCAGCAGCAGCCAGUUGUAGACAUAGAUUAUGGAUAUCCUUCAACUUAUGCGCGCAGCGAAUCAGCAGCAACAGCAGCAACUCCUUCUGCUGUUGCUGCUGCUGCUGCUGCUGCACCACGACGCUGUAGCAGUGCCCGUAGGGCUUCAGAUCGCGGUCCUGCUGCUGCAGAUGCAGCAGCAACAGCUGCUGCUGCUGCUGCUGCCUUGGAGUGCGCAAUGGAGCGUGCAUGGAGCAGCAAAGAAGACAGUCAGGUGCUGCUGAUGACCCGCAGCUCUGCAGCAGCAACUGCAGCAGCAACACCUGUUGCUGCAGCAGCAGCUACACCUGACAGCAGCUCACACUACAAGCAGCUGCAGCAGCAGAAACUGCAGGAGAAGCAGCAAAUGUUGAAUGGGGAACUUCUUGUGGCAGAGCUACAGCAGCAGCAACAGCAGCAGCAACAACAGUAUCAGCAGCAGGAGAAGCAGCAGGAACAGCAGCAAGAGAGCCACAGACCUGCACAGCAGCAGAAGGUGCUGCAGCAGCUGCAACCGGACCUGCUUAAGGAUGGUGGGGCAUAUGAGCAGCAAGAGCAGCAGCAGGAACAGCAGCAGCAGCAGGAGCAGCAGCAGCACCAGCAAUCCAUCGCUUCUUCCCCACAGGAAUUGGAGAGAUACACCCCAGUAGUGACUCCGGAUCAGCAGCAACAGCAGCAGCAACAGCAGCACCAGCAGAAGCAAGUACAGCAGCAGCAGAACCUAACCCCUUCUAAAGCGACAGGGCAGUGGCAGGGAGGGGCUGCAGCAGCAAGCGAGAAUGCAACAGCAGCAGCAGCAGCAGCUGCUGCUGCUGCUGCUUAUACAGUAACAGCGGAGCAUCAGGAAUGCACAUGCAGCAGCUGCUGCAGCAAGAGGAGCAGCAGCAGGAGAAGCAGAAGGCAGCAUCCUGAGGGGGGCGUUAGACCGCACUACAGCAGCAGCAGCGGCAGCAACAGCAUCAGCAGCAGCAGCAGUAGCAGCAGAAGGAGGCCCCACAGGAGGCCAACUAUUCUUCCUCUUGUUACUUGGGUAUGGGAUGAGCGCGAGUUUGCUGCUGCUGCUGCUGCAGGAGCUGAUGCUGCAGCAGGUGCUGCAGCAAACUUCUUAGAGUCUGCUACUGCUGCUGCUCGUGCCCAACUGCUGCAGCAGCAUCAGCAGCAGCAGCAAACACGCAUGCAGCUGCAGCAGCUGCGACAAGCAGCAGCAGAAUUGUCUAGGGUUUGUCUUGUUAAGGAGAAAGAGUUGCUGCAGCUGCAGGAAGCAGCAGAAGGUGCAGCACUAGAUAGCUGCAGCAGCAGCAACAACAGCAGCAGCAAGCUUCUUGAUGAUGACAGCGAAGUUGCUGCUGCUGCUCUGUGCCAUGUAGAGGAGUUGCUGGUGCUACUGCAGCAGCAGCAGCAGCAGCGUGAGCAGCAGCUGCAGCAACUCAAGAUAGAAGAAAGGAAGUUGCUGCUGCUGCUGCAGCGGGGAAGCCAAAGGAGGCAGCAGCAAGUAGCAAGUCUAUGUAAAGAUGUAUUGUUUCCUCAACUUGUUGCAGCACUGGGGAGGCAGCGGCUGCUGCUGCAGCUAAAUGAUGCUUCUUAUCCUUCCUUGGAUAUAUCCCUGCAGGGCUUGUGCUGCCGAUUUGCUGCUGCAGCACAGCAGCAACUCAUGAACCAGCUGCAGCUCUUGCUGCAACAGCUUCGGCAGCAACAGCUGCCGUUGCGCUUGCGACUGCGAGCUGCUGAGGAGAUCUGCGGCGAGCAGAAGCAGCAGCAGAGAGGGUCUGCUGCUGCUGUUGCUGCUGCACCUGCAUCGUGCUUGUCUACUGGUAUUGCUGAGGCACUGCAGCAGCUUCUGCUGCCGUUGCUGCAGCAAGCAACAGAAGCACAAGUUGCUGCUGUGUGGCUGCAGCUGCUGCAGGUCUUUCGUGCUGCUCUCCGUACUGCUGUGGGGGCGCUGCAGGGGCAGACAUUCAGUUCUGCAGCUGCAGCAACAACAGUAGCAGCGCCAGCAGCAAAAGCAACAGCAGCAAGAGCAGCAGUUCCUCAAGCCCCUCCCCCCGUCAUUUCCCUUCCCGUUGCCGAUGCUGCUGCUGCUGCUGCGCUGCAUGCGCGAUCUGUUAGAGCCAUGCAGCUAGACGAGCACUUUGGCAGCAGCAGCAGCAGCAGCGACGGGGUAAACAACAUCAUGGCACUGCAUGCUGCAACAGCAGCAGCAGCAGCAGUUGCUUCUGCUGCUGCUGCAGAGAGAGAAGAAGCAGCAAGUCCUCACGGAGAUCCUAGCAAGCUGCACUCUGCUGCUGCUGCUGCUGCUUCUGCUGCUAAGUUCCACAGCACAUUUUGCUUCCUAGGGGCCCCCUAUCGCCUGGGUCUCUUUCCUAAGGAAUUUCUGUGGCAGCAGCAGCAGCAGCAGCAACAAGGGGGGGCCUUGCUGCUGUCUCUGCAGGCUGCGCCUUUAGACCUUCUUUGUGCUGCAGCAAACGACGCAACGCUGCUGCUGCUGCUUUGCAUGCAAAUCGAGCGGUCGCUGCAGCAAGCAGCAGGAACAGCAGCAGCACGCUUAAGCACCGUGCCGCCGGGAAGCCCUCCAACUAACAGAAGCAGCAGCAACAGCAGCAGCAGCAGCCCCUGCUGCCAGCUUCCCUCCUCCCCAUGCAUGAGCGAAGAACAUCUAAGCAGCAAAGACACCCCUCUUGAUCAGCUGUGGCAGCAGUGGCAGCAGCAAGCAACAGAGGAGCAGCAGGAGCAGCAGCAGCAUCAGGAACUGCAGGAACAGCAACCACAAGAGCAGCAGCAAUGGCAGGAACAGCAGCAACACGAGCAGCAGCAAGAAGAACUGCAGCAGCAAGAGCAGCAGCAGCAGCAGGAGCAACAGCAGCAGCAAGGGAACCGCUGGCAGGGUCUACUGUCUUCUGUACGGGGAGGCCUAACUAAUCUGCAGCAACUUGCUGCUGCUGUGCCAGGGCGUCUAUACACAUCUGCUCCAGCAGCAGGCGACCUUCACCAGCAGCAGCAGCAAUCCCGCAGCAGCAGCAGUCCUCCAAGGUCUGAUGCAGCAGGAGCAGCAAGCCCAGCAGCAGCAACUGCACAGACACCCACAAGCAGCAGCAGAUCCGCUUCUCGCGUUACUUCGCUUGCCUGCAGGCCGACCCCCAAAGUUGGAGCAGCAGCAGCAGAUGCAGCAGCAACAGCAGCAGCAGCAGCUACUGCUGCUGCUAGAUAUCUUGGGCUAAGAGAGCUCGAGCUGCUGCAGCAGGAAGCAGCAGAAGUGCAGGAGGGAAUUUCUUCAGGUUGUGCUGCAGAGGCUGUUGCAUGCGCUCGUUUGCUGCGGCGGCUGCAGCAGCAAAUAAGUGCUGCAGCAGCAAAACCUUUUGAAGAAGCAAUGAGGAAGCAGCAGCAACAAAGUAAUUUCCCCUCGCGUUUGCUGCUGCAGCUGCAGCGCGAUAGUGAUUUGUUUUUUAAGGCGUUUGCUGCCUUUGUGGCAUCGCAUGCAACAGCAGCAGAGCGGCAGCAGCAAGCCGCAGCAGCAACAGCAGCAAGAACGCUCGGACAGAACCUUCUGCUGCUGCACUUGCUGCAGCAGUUCCUCAUGGCUCCCGCUGCUGCUUGUCAAGACCGCCUGCUGCACUUGGUGGAUUGCCUUGCGAAUCCCCGUUCCGCUGCUACUACUGCUGCUGCUGCUGCACCAGACGCAGCAGCUGCAGCUGCUGCAGCAGCAAAAGUUAUUGCUGCUGCUUCCCGACUGGCAGCAGGAUUCAUGGGCCUCCGAACAGACCUAACACUGCAGCAGCGGCAGCAGCUGCUGGCUGCUGCAUGCGCGCGGCUGCAGCAAUUUGCUGCAGGCGCAGUGAAGGACCAACAGCAGCAACACCACCACCAAAACCCACAGCAGCAGCAGCAGCAACAGCAGCAGUCGGGCAGCGACAGUUUUAAGUGCUUCGUGUGGCGCCAUGGUUUGCUUCCCGCCGGUUGCAGCACCGUCCUCAUAGCACCUCAGCAGCAGCAGCAACAGCAACAGCAACAGGCGCAAGUGCAGCAGCAGCUGUUGGCUAAGCAUCCGCUGGCUGCUUCAUCUGGGUUGGAGGGUCCAGUUGUUCGGGGGCCAGCAGCAGCAGCAGCAACCGCAGCAGCAGCAACCGCAGCAGCAGCAAACGCGGAAUGGGAGCAGCCGUGGGCUAUGGUAGAGGUAGAUACACAGCAGCAGCAGCAGCAAGAGCAGCAGAAGCAGCAGCAACAGCAGCAGCGGCAGCCAUUGGAUGCCUUCUUACAGCAGGAAGUCUGCGAGAUCCGUGGGGGUUGUCUGUGGUUGCUGCCACGCUGCAGCAGCCGCAGCAACAGAAGAGCAGCAGCAACAACAACAGCAGCAGCAGCAGCAACAGCACGUCUUCCGCUUGAUGGCUUUUGCUGCAUUCGGGCUCCUGCCCGUCGGGCGGUGCCUUCAGGCAGCGGCAGCAGCAGCAAGUAUAGCCGGCAACAGCAGCAGCAACAGCAGCAGCAGCAGGAGCAGCAUCGGGAGCAGCCGGUGGCCAGGCGUUGCUAUUGCUGCGGCGCCUCCGAGGAAGAAUUGUUGCUGCCGGGAGUCCCAAGGACGCAGCAGCUUAUUCUUUGUUUCAGCGACGGUGUACGAGUGCCACUAGUGCUGCUGUUUGCUGAAGCAGCAGAAAGAAGGGAUUGUCUGCAGGCAAUCAAGAAGGAGCUUGCUGCUCUGCAGCAAGAGCACAGCAGCAGCAGAAGCAGCAACAGCAGCAGCAGCAGCAGACGUCAGCGGCGAAUUAUUGCUAAAGACACAAAAGAUGAUCAGGGAGGAGCUAUUUGCUUCUUUCCAGGUCCCCUGUUGCAGCAGCAACUGGCUGCUGCUGCUGUUGCUGCUGCUGCUGGCAGUGCGGAGGGCGAUGCAGCCAAAGGCGAUAAUCGUACAAACAGCAGCAGCAGCAACAGCAACAGCAACAGCAACAGCAACAGCAACAGCAGCAGCACAUGUGGACCCCCCAAUGCGGGGGCUUUGCUGCAGCCAUUGCUAACAAAAGAUGAAAACCCUAUAUCUAGUCAGCUGUAUCUGCUGCAGCAGCAAAACUUGCCAGCAGCAGCAGCAGCAGCAGUUCUUCCCCUGCCACAGAUGGCAGUGCCGUCCAAUCCAGCAGCAGCAGCAGCAGCAGCAGCAAAAGGGAAAAGCUCUCUGCUGCGGCGUGUUGUUGGAUUAAUCUUUGGUGGCGGUGAUUCAUCUGCUGCCAAAAAACUAGCAGGACCCCGAACAGCAGCACCAGCAGCAGCACCAGCAGCAACAGCAGCAGGAACUGCUGCUUCUGCUAGCCCGGCUACUCACUGGUUGCUGCAGUCCGAAGACGAUACCUGCAGCAGCAGCAGCAGCAGCGGCAGUGAGUCUGAAGGGGAGACUAGUUCUGUUACUAUAUGCCGUCCUGCCCAUAAAAAGCGGCAGUCUUCAAGGCGAGCAGCAGCUGCUGCUGCUGCUGCAGCCGCUGCUGCAGCUGCAGCCAAGACUGCUGCUGCCGAGAUAAUGCUCUUUCCCGCCUGA